GACCCCGAUUGGCUGGCGGCGCCAUUGUGACGUCACGGUCAGCCCACGUUCCGAUUGAAGAUACCCGGCGCCUUCCUCUUCCCAUCGCCCCGGUUGCCCGCUGCCUGGCCCUCCCUCCGACAUCCUCUCCUGCCCGGCGGGACACGCUCGGAGCCCUGCACCCCGGGCGCCUCUCCUCGGACCGAGAGGUUUUUAAAAUGGAACAUUUUGAUGCAUCACUAAGUACCUAUUUCAGGGCAUUGCUUGGCCCCCGAGAUAACAGAGUGAAAGGAUGGUUUCUUCUGGACAACUACAUCCCGACCUUGAUCUGCUCCAUCGUCUACUUGUUAGUAGUCUGGCUGGGACCCAAAUACAUGAAGAACAGGCAGGCCUUCUCCUUCCGGGGGAUUUUAGUGCUGUAUAACCUUGGGCUCACCUUGCUGUCCCUCUACAUGUUCUGUGAGUUAGUGACAGGAGUGUGGGAAGGCAGAUACAACUUCUUCUGUCAGGGGACGCGCAGUGCAGGAGAAUCAGACAUGAAGAUCAUCCAUGUGCUCUGGUGGUACUACUUCUCCAAGCUCAUCGAGUUCAUGGACACCUUCUUCUUCAUCUUACGCAAGAACAACCACCAGGUCACGGUCCUGCACGUGUACCACCAUGCCUCCAUGCUGAACAUCUGGUGGUUUGUGAUGAACUGGGUGCCCUGCGGCCACUCGUACUUUGGUGCCACACUGAAUAGCUUCAUCCACGUCCUCAUGUAUUCCUACUAUGGUCUGUCGUCCGUGCCUUCCAUGCGUCCGUACCUCUGGUGGAAGAAGUACAUCACUCAGGGGCAGCUGCUCCAGUUCGUGCUGACCAUCAUCCAGACCAGCUGCGGGGUCAUCUGGCCUUGCUCCUUCCCUCUGGGUUGGUUGUACUUCCAGAUCGGCUACAUGAUUUCUCUCAUUGUGCUCUUCACCAACUUCUACAUUCAGACUUAUAACAAGAAGGGGACCUCACGGAGGAGAGAGCCCCUGAAGGACCACCAGAACGGGGCCGUGGCCGCUGUGAACGGACACGCCGACAGCUUCUCCCCGCUGGGAAACCACGUAAAGCCACGGAAGCAGCGCAAGGACUGAAGACCCAGGCGGCAAGGCUGCGAACCGCGUGUCUGAUUGUGAGCACAAUGCGUUGUGCCCCCACGCUCGUUAACCGCUGCUGUUCCUAGUCGGCCUACAAUAGUGAGAUUCAUGUAGGCCUCCUUCAUCAGUUCCAGACCCCCUAGACGAGGUCUACCGAUUAUUCCAGUAGGCAUACGAUUUUUAAUAUUUCUGGGCUCGCAUCCCUGCGCUACACUGUGGAGAAGGAAGGGAGUGUUAUCGUAGUAUUUGACACUGCUGUUGCCUUAUUAGUUUUAACAUGAUAGGUGCUGAAUUGUGGUUCACAAUUUACAAACACUGUAAUCCAAACUCCCCUUUUGUCCCCCCUCCUUUUUUUAACUUGUAGGUCAUGCACGUGAUUGUAAAUGUGUGUACAAUGUUGUUACCAUAGAGAAACACACAUGCCUUAAAAAUCUACAAAAGCGGGGCCCAAAGCUUAUUCGUUAAAAUUAGGGAAGGUGUCCAGUUUUUAGCCAUUUUGUAAAAAAAAACUAUAGCUCGGCUCAGAAAAUUCAAAGUCUGGCAUUUGUGAAACAACAAGCGCGUGAUGCGAAAUUUCCAGCGGCCUGCAUGUGGGCAAGCAGAAAUGGUGCCAGGGGGUUUGUAACACUGGCUUUGAAGUCAAGCAAGGCUCCAACCCAGCGACACAGUCAGUAUAACUUUUUAACAGAUCUUAUUUUUUUAUUUUGAGUGCCACUCUUAAUAAUGUAAAAAAAAAAGGUUAAAAAUAAAGGUUGAAGGGGACUCUAAACUAGUCUUGAUGAUGAAGCUUUAAAAUAUAUAUAUUCUUUGUCUUCGAGACUUUAGGUGUAGCCGGGUAACUAGGCUGUGUUUAAUUUCUGAAGCACUAAGUGUUUUUAUUCAGGAAGCCAAGCCCAUUUUACUUUUCCAAGUGUGAGAGAGGAUGCGUACUGGUCGAAGGUGAUGCUUGGAUGCGUGUUACUUCGAUAGCCUUAGUGAUGAAGAGAGAGGAAGUGGUUGCCAGGGUCCAAAUAUCAGCUUGUUUCUGUACUGCUGUCUGUCUUGACACAAACUUCCAGUUGAAAUGUGCCUAGCUUACCCAAACGGAUUUGACGGGGUGGGGAGAAGGAUGUUAGAAUGUGUAAGGUAAAAUUAAACAGAUAGUCACAGCGUGUAAGAACUGGGAAAUUGGAUGGAUAUAAUUUGUCUAAUGUAAUUUAAUUGCAAUUUUAGUUUGGUUUUUUUUCCUGCUUAAAAUCUAAAGACUGUGUAGAACUGCCUGUUUAUAAAUAACAUACUGCUUAUAGUAAAGUCAUGCCUCACACACACGAGGCAGGGGUUAAACAGAUUUAAAAAAAAACUAUUCUGUGUGUCAUUUUACAGUGUUGGGAUUUCGCCUUUGAUUACCUUUACUGAAAAAGCAUACAUUGAACCACUCAAAUGACAUCUUAGAAGUCAUUGACAAUGCAUAAACUAGCUGUUGGUUUGAUGUGUAUGUAAAUAUCAGUUUACCAUGCUUUAAUUUUGCACAUUCAUAUUACAGAGAGCCACUUGGUUCCCUUAUUAGUCUUGUGGGUUUUCUGUUUAGAAGGAGUCACAACAUCUGUUUACAUUUACCUUAUCAGCCCUGAAUUGUGUAUAUUUGUAAAUGUAUGUCUUCACUCCUAGGUACUAGUUUGCCAAUGAGCUUGCAUCUGUCGAUUCAGAGACUGUAACAUUCAAUAGUGCUGUUAAAGUGUGCUUAGCUCAUCUGGGUAUACCCACACUGUUACAUAAUGUCCAAACAUUAAUCAUUAAAACAUUUUUGAUGAUCUGUU